AUGGGUGCAUGCAUGUCUGCUGAGCAGACCCAAGACACUCCCGAGUACAAGAAUUCCAAAGCGCUCGACCGUCAGAUCAAAGAAGAUGAAAAGAAUCUUUCUCGCGAAGUUAAACUUCUCCUUCUCGGUGCUGGUGAGAGUGGUAAAUCCACCAUCCUCAAAUCAAUGCGAAUCAUCCACCAUAUCCCCUUCACCGAAGAAGAACGCGAAAACUACCGUCGACUCGUCUUCCUCAACCUCGUUCAGGGAAUGGAGUCCAUCCUAGAUGUCAUGGAGGAAUGGACUGUUGACUUCCAGCAUGAUGCCAACAUCGGUCAUCUCUCCCUCUUUGUUUCCUAUCCUGACAUUUCCGAAGAUGAGCCCUUCCCAAGCAACUACCUCGUCGCACUCAAAGAUCUUUGGUCCGAUCAAGGUGUCCAGUCCGUCUACCGCAGAGGCAACGAAGCAGCAGUACCAGAUAACAUGUCCUACUACUACUCCCACCUCGAUCGACUCUUCCACCCCACCUACACUCCCACCGAAUCCGACAUCUUACGGUGUCGCAACAAGACAACGGGCAUCAUCGAAACCACUUUCCCACUCCAAGAUCGCGUCUAUCGCAUAUUCGACGUUGGCGGACAACGCAGCGAGCGCAAGAAAUGGAUUCACUGCUUCGAAAACGUUACCGCCGUCCUCUUUUGUGUCGCCCUCUCCGGUUACGAUAGCUGCUUGGUGGAAGAUAAGGACUCAAACCAGAUGCAAGAAGCUCUCAUGCUGUUUGACUCGAUUUGCAACAGCAAGUGGUUUACCCGUACAUCCAUGAUUCUCUUCCUCAACAAGGUGGAUGUGUUCAGGCUAAAGAUCGCCUAUAGCAGCAUCAAGCAUUACUUCCCUGACUACGACGGAGAUGAUCGCGACUUUAACGCUGCUAGAAGCUACUUUAAGGCCAGGUUUUGCAGGUUGAAUAGAAGUCCCACCAAGGAGAUCUACCCGAGCUUCACCAAUGCGACUGAUGUGUCGUUGCUAAAGAUCGUUAUGGCUUCGGUGACCGAUAUCAUCCUCACCAACAACCUGCGCGAUAUCGUACUAUGA